AUGAAGAAUAGGAUUGAAAGAACUCCUCCACCAUUGAGAUUGACUGGUGAUCAAAUAUGGGAGCGAGUGCAGGACUUUCCAACUGUUGUUGAAAACCCUCAUGGCACAACUAUUGCGUACGGAAGUGCACAUAAGUGGACUAAACGCAGUAUAUUUUGGGAUCUACCAUAUUGGAAAGCUCAUCUUAUUCAUCAUAAUCUUGACGUUAUGCACAUUGAAAAGAAUGUUUUCGACAAUGUCAUAAAUACUGUGAUGGAUGUCACGGGAAAAACAAAAGACAACUUGAAUGCAAGAAAAGAUAUGAGAGAUAUUUGUGAUCGGCCAACAUUAGAUGUGGAUGCAAGCAGCAGGGGACCAAAACCAAAAGCAGUUUAUACAUUGGAUAAGGAGCAGAGACGAGUCGUUUGUCAAUGGUUGAAAUCUGUGCGGUUUCCUGAUGGAUAUGCUUCGAACAUCGGGAGAUGUGUUGAUUUGAACGAAUGCAAGUUGACAGGAUUAAAGAGUCAUGAUUGUCACAUAUUUAUGGAAAGACUAAUUCCAAUAGCUUUGAAGGAACUUCUACCAAACUUUGUAUGGGGCGCCAUUACAGAGUUAAGUAAUUUCCUCCAUGAUAUUUGCUCAACAGUGUUAAAAGUAUCACACAUGGAGAAACUGGAGAGAGACAUUCCAAUUAUUCUUUGCAAUUUAGAAAGGAUAUUUCCUCCAGCGUUUUUUGAUUCAAUGGAGCAUCUCCUAGUUCACUUGCCUUAUGAGGCUAAAGUUGCAGGUCCCGUCCAAUUUCGAUGGAUGUAUCCAUUUGAGAGGUUCUUAUAUCAUUUGAAGAAAAAAGUGAAGAAUAAGGCAUGUGUUGAAGCUUCAAUUUGUAAUGCAUAUAUUGUGGAAGAAGUGACAACAUUUGCAUCAUACUAUUUUGAGCCGCACGUGCAGUGCAAGAGGCGGAGAGCAGGAAGAAAUGAUGAGGGUCCCAUCGAUCCCAAUUGCAAAUCAUUCUCUAUUUUCAAUUAUCUCGAUCGACCAAGCGGCGCAUGUCAGUUUCGUUACUUAACAGGCGAAGAACGGCAGGCCGUCCAUACCUAUAUUUUACUGAACUGUCCAGAAGUGGAGCCAUACUUCCAGAUUUUUCAAAAUUCAAUGUAUGGACUACCACCAAAUGAGUUCGACCGUUUGUGCGAUGAACAAUUUGCAGCAUGGUUCAAAACAUAUGUUCACAGUAAUCAUGAUCAAGUUGAAGAGCAAGGAUUACUAUAUUAUCUGUCAUGGGGUCCACAGUCAAGCAUACGAAGCUGGCCAGCAUAUUUCAUAAACGGUUCUUCGGCGUUCUUCGGCGCGAUUCUUGGCGUUCUUCGGCGGCGGACGCUGGGAAGCGAGGACACCCAGCGCGCGGUCUGCUUCUGUUGGGUUCUUCGGCGGCGUCCGAGAGUGUUCGGUUUGCUUCUAUUCGGUUCGGUCUGCUUCUAUUCGGUAUGCUUCUGUUGGGUCUGCUUUUCGCCGUUAUUUCUAGGCGUUUGCGUCUGCUUAUGCUUCUGUUCAAUGUAUGUGUUGGGUCUACGUUUGGGUCUGCUUCUGCUCUGUGCUUCUGCUUCUGCGCUUCUGCUUCUGCUAAGCUUCUGUGCUUCUGCUUCUGUGUUGGCUGGCUUCUGA